AUGUCAGACAAGCUCAAGGAACGCAAAAGAACCCCCGUUUCCCACAAAGUGAUAGAAAAGCGGAGGAGAGACCGGAUUAACCGCUGUUUGAACGAGCUGGGCAAGACGGUGCCCAUGGCCCUGGCGAAGCAGAGUUCUGGGAAGCUGGAGAAGGCGGAGAUCCUCGAGAUGACCGUUCAGUACCUGAGAGCCCUGCACUCCGCUGAUUUUCCCCGGGGAAGAGAAAAAGCAGAACUGCUAGCGGAGUUUGCCAACUACUUCCACUACGGCUACCACGAGUGCAUGAAGAACCUGGUGCAUUACCUCACCACCGUGGAGCGGAUGGAGACCAAGGACACCAAGUACGCGCGCAUCCUCGCCUUCUUGCAGUCCAAAGCCCGCUUGGGCACCGAGCCCGUCUUCCAGCCGCUGGGUUCGCUCCCGGAGCCGGAUUUCUCUUAUCAGCUGCACCCAGCAGGGCCCGAGUUCGCGGGCCACAGCCCCGGUGAGGCGUCCGUGUUCCCGCAGGGGGCAGCCCCGGGGCCCUUCCCCUGGCCGCACGGCGCAGCCCGCAGCCCGGCGCUGCCCUACCUGCCAGGCGCGCCCGUGCCGCUCCCGAGCCCCGCGCAGCAGCACAGCUCCUUCCUGGCGCCCGUGCAGGGCCUGGACCGACAUUACCUCAACCUGAUCGGCCACGCCCACCCCAACGCCCUUAACCUGCACACGCCUCAGCACCCCCAGGUGCUCUGA